ACCAACUUCAUGGAGGAUUGGAACCAUGAACAAAUGUGGAGAGCUUUUAGUGGAUAUGGCAGAGUUAUUGAUAUCUAUGUACCAAACAGGAAGGACAGAUAUGGAAGACGGUUUAGGUUUGCCAGGUUUCAAGAGGUGAAAAACGUGAGUAUGUUGGAGAAGGAGCUAGAUCAUAUCAAAGUAGGAGGAGUCAAGAUCCAUGUAAAUCAACCAAGGAUCAAGAUGAACAGAUUGGGGAUUGCCCAGGCUACUGCUCCAGGGCAAUUGAGGAACCACACAGGGAAAUACAUGAAUGCCAACCAUAGGGAGAAGGGAAAAAGGGAAUGGGUAGCAAAAAGCAAAGAUUAUGAAUGGCGUGGGAGGGAGUUCAGAGCUGAGGAGUCAAAUUUUGAAUGGGUGAAAGAAGCAACAGGUUCUGUUCAAGGCAAGAUUAAAAGAUUUUCAAGCUUCUCUAAAACUGGAGAUGAGGAAGACAACUACGUGGCACCUUGGCAUGAACGGGUAGGGGAGGGCAAAAAGGAGAGUCUGUCACUUGAUGUUUGGCCAUCUCAAACAUUAAAUGAGGCAUUAGAGAAUUGCAUUCCCAAGGGGAGAAAUUCAAAUAUUAACCGAAAAAUAAUGAAGGAAAUGUCAGAUGGAUAUGGGAGAAUGGAGAUGACGGCUGCAUCUUUUGAAAAAAGUAAUGAUGCAGGUGGGAUUAACGAAGAAGAAGAAACUGGAAAAAACUAUAGUAUGAAUAAAAAAACUAUUGUUGAAAAAAUGGGCACCAAUUUAAAGAUGAACCAAACCAGUAAUAGAACGGUGGAUCAAGGUGAAAUUGGGCUAGGUGCAGAUGGGCUAGGAAAGAAACACAAAGUAAAUGCAAAAGUGACCCAAAACAAGGAAAAGGCCAUAAUGCACUCUAACGGAAACGAGAACUAGUCCAAAAGUAACAACAUUAGGCCAAUGAUGAUGAAGAAUAAAAAAAUUGGAAACAA